CGGCGCGUCCACGUGUUUACCCGCCAAACACACUUGCCAGUCUACUCUCGCCGGCGUCUUCCUCUCCUCGCCUCGUCUCGUUCGUGGCCAAACGAAGCUCGCGCCUCCCGGCCACUCGCAGUCGAAGCCCAGCAACCGCCGCCGCGCCGAGGCCGAGCAACAGUGAGGAGGUAGCUUGCCUGCAAUGAUGGCCGGGACCCUGCAGGUCGCCGGUGGCUGCCUGGCGCCCCUCCUCCCCAGCCGACGAGCGGCGGCGGCGGUACGCCCGCCACGCGCGUCCGGGGCGUCGGCGUCGGCGGCGGCGGCGGCGGCGGCGGUGGAGGAGGACGGCAAGGUGAGGCUGGGUGGGUCGGACGUGGCGGUGACCAAGCUCGGCAUCGGCGCCUGGUCCUGGGGCGACACCACCUACUGGAACGAGUUCCAGUGGGACGAUAGGAAAUUGAAGGCUGCUAAAGGAGCAUUUGAUGCGAGUGUCGAUUGCGGAAUAACCUUCUUUGAUACUGCAGAAGUAUAUGGUGCAGGGAUAUCAGGAGCCAUAAAUUCAGAAAGUUUACUAGGAAGAUUCAUCAAGGAAAGGCAACAGAAAGAACAGGUCGAAGUAGCCAUUGCGACAAAGUUUGCAGCCCUUCCGUGGAGGCUUGGCCGAGGAAGUGUUAUUUCUGCACUGAAGGACUCGUUAUCCCGCCUUGGCGUCUCCUCAGUUGAGCUCUACCAACUUCAUUGGCCAGGGAUAUGGGGAAAUGAAGGUUACCUUGAUGGUCUUGGAGAUGCUUAUGAGCAAGGUCUUGUAAAAGCUGUUGGAGUCUCAAACUACAGCGAAAAGCGUCUACGGGAUGCUUACGAGCGCCUCAAGAAGAGGGGAGUUCCACUUGCUUCAAACCAAGUAAACUACAGUUUGAUAUACAGGAACCCUGAAGAAAAUGGGGUAAAAGCGGCUUGUGAUGAGCUUGGUAUUACUUUGAUCGCAUAUUCCCCGAUCGCUCAAGGUGUUCUGACAGGAAAAUACACUCCAAAUAAUCCCCCAACUGGGCCCCGUGGACGAAUAUACACUCCUGAGUUCCUGACCAAGCUCCAACCACUUAUUAACAGGAUUAAAGAGAUUGGAGGAAGUUAUGAGAAGACCCCAACUCAGGUGGUUCUGAACUGGCUGAUCUGCCAAGGCAACGUUGUGCCGAUCCCCGGAGCGAAGAACGCAGAGCAGGCCAGGGAGUUCGCUGGUGCGCUCGGGUGGAGCCUGACGGAUCAGGAGGUGGAAGAACUGCGUUCCAUGGCACGAGAGAUCAAGCCGGUCAUCGGAUUCCCAGUAGAGAAGUUGUAAUUUCUAGUGAGUUUUUCUUCUACUUUGGGUCUCCGAGAACAUCAUUUACAUAAAUACACAAUGAUCUAGACAUACAUAGAUAGGAACCAUGUGUAGUCUUUGGAACUGAAAAUUAAGAUGUCUUAGAAAAUAACCAAAAUUUACAGUCUGAGUAGCGUACAUGCAUGUAUGCUCAUCGACCAUAUUACAACUAAGAUUGGUAACUGGAUUAUCUUCAAGAAACCAAUGUUUUAUUUUCUCUGGAAAAAGAGAAAACCUGUUUGCAAUGUAAUGAAUAUGGCCAGUGG